AUGGCUGUGUUUUGUCUUCAGAAGGAGAAGUGGAUGAAUGUAAGAGUGGGUGAUAUCAUUAAACUGGAGAAUAACCAGUUUGUGGCAGCUGACCUUCUCUUACUGUCCAGUAGUGAACCUCAUAGCCUCUGUUACAUCGAAACCGCAGAGCUAGACGGGGAGACCAAUAUGAAGGUGCGUCAGUCUCUGUCUGUGACUGCAGAGCUGGGAGACCCCAACAACCUGGCCCCUUUUGAUGGUGAGGUGGUCUGUGAGCCUCCCAACAACAAGCUGGACAGGUUCUGUGGUCUUCUGUGCUGGAGAGACUGUAAAUACCCCCUGAGCAACCACAACAUGUUACUACGAGGCUGUGUCCUCCGCAACACAGAGACCUGCUACGGACUGGUCAUCUUUGCAGGCCCAGACACCAAGCUGAUGCAGAAUAGUGGUCGCACCAAGUUCAAACGCACAAGCAUCGACCGCCUCAUGAACACACUGGUGCUCUGGAUCUUUGGCUUCAUGGUGUGUAUGGGUGUGAUCCUGGCUGUGGGGAACGCUGUGUGGGAGAGAGAGGUGGGUUCUCUGUUCCAGAGUUACCUGGCCUGGGACCUGCCUGUAGACAACUUCCUAUUCUCUGCUUUCCUCUCCUUCUGGUCCUACGUCAUCAUUCUCAACACCGUGGUGCCCAUCUCACUCUACGUCAGUGUGGAGGUGAUUAGGCUGGGUCAUAGUUACUUUAUAAACUGGGACAGGAAGAUGUUCUGUCCACAGUGUAACACAGCAGCUGAAGCCAGGACUACCACUCUCAACGAGGAACUGGGACAGGUGGAGUACAUCUUCAGUGACAAGACAGGAACUCUCACUCAGAACAUCAUGAGCUUCAGCAAGUGCUCUAUCAAUGGACAUGCCUAUGGUGAGGUGAUCGACCCGUUGGGAGCACAGCUAAAGAGGUUAGACUUCUCCUCCUUCAACCCCCUGGCGGACCCUGACUUCUGUUACUAUGACAACGGUCUGCUGAAGUCGGUGAAGCUGGGAGACCUUCACAGCCACGAGUUCUUCCGGCUGCUAUCCCUCUGUCACACCGUCAUGAGUGAGGAGAAGAAGGAGGGAGAGUUGAUGUAUAAGGCUCAGUCUCCAGAUGAGGGUGCGUUGGUGACAGCAGCCAGGAACUUUGGUUUUGUGUUCCGGUCUAGAACCCCUGGUACUGUCACUGUGACAGAGCUGGGCCGACCCGUCACAUACACACUGCUGGCCAUCCUCGACUUCAACAACAUCCGCAAGAGGAUGUCCGUUAUAGUGCGUAACCCCGAGGGGAGGAUCCGUCUAUACUGUAAAGGAGCUGAUACUCUGUUGUUUGAGAGGCUCCACCCCUCCAACCAUCACCUGAUGAAUAUCACAACAGAUCACCUUAAUGAGUAUGCUGGGGACGGCCUGCGGACCCUGGCCCUGGCCUACAGAGACCUGUCAGAGGAGCAGUGGGAGGAGUGGUCAGAGAGACACCGCCAAGCAGACAGAGCUACAGACUGUAGAGAGGACAGACUGGCUGACAUAUAUGAACACAUAGAACAGGACAUGAUGCUCCUGGGAGCCACAGCCAUAGAGGAUAAGCUACAGGAGGGAGUUCCUGAGACCAUCGCUAUCCUCUCUCUUGCUAACAUCAAGAUCUGGGUCCUCACGGGAGACAAACAGGAGACAGCAGUUAAUAUAGGUUACUCCUGUAAGAUGCUGACUGGUGAUAUGACUGAGGUUUUCAUCAUCAGUGGAAACACAGUGCUGAGUGUUAGAGAGGAACUCAGGAGAGCGAGGGAGAGGAUGAUAGAGUUUGCCCGUACGAGAGAGGGAGGAAAGGAGGAGGGGAUAGCGGGAUGGGGCGAGGCCUGUUCUCUGGGGAAUGGGUUUGGGGGAGACGGGGGAGGAGAGGGGAGAGAGUGGCCCUCCGUGGGGGACAAACAGCAGCAAUGUCCCCAUCCCCCUGACCCUCCCGCCCCUCGACCCCCCUCCUCAACCACACUAGACUCCAUAUCUGGAGAGUUCGCCCUCGUCAUCAACGGACAUAGCCUGGCCCAUGCGUUGGAGGCUGAUAUGGAGGGGGAGUUUGUGUCAACAGCGUGUGUCUGUAGAGCAGUGAUCUGCUGCAGGGUGACUCCUCUACAGAAAGCCCUGGUGGUGGAGCUCAUCAAGAAACACAAGAAAGCUGUCACCCUGGCCAUAGGAGACGGGGCUAACGAUGUUAGCAUGAUCAAGACGGCUCAUAUAGGAGUGGGCAUCAGUGGUCAGGAGGGCAUCCAGGCAGUGCUGGCAUCUGACUACUCCUUCUCCCAGUUCCGCUUCCUCCAGCGCCUGCUGCUGGUCCACGGACGCUGGUCCUACCUCCGCAUGUGUCGCUUCCUCUGCUACUUCUUCUACAAGAACUUUGCCUUCACCAUGGUGCACUUCUGGUUCGGCUUCUUCUGUGGCUUCUCUGCCCAGACAGUAUAUGAUCAGUACUUCAUCACUCUCUAUAACAUCGUCUACACGUCUCUCCCCGUGCUGGCCAUGGGAAUAUUUGACCAGGACGUCCCAGAGCAGCGUAGUCUGGAGUAUCCUAAGCUGUAUGAGCCAGGUCAGCUUAACCUGCUGUUCAACAAGAGAGAGUUCUUCAUCUGUAUAACCCAGGGUAUCUACACUAGUGUUGUGUUGUUCUUCGUACCCUACGCCAUCCUGUCCCACGGAACCCAGGGCACCGGGGAACCCCUCGCUGACUACCAGACCUUUGCUGUUACCACAGCCACCGCCCUGGUGAUCGUGGUCAGUGUGCAGAUUGCUCUGGACACAGGCUACUGGACAGCCAUCAACCAUUUCUUUGUGUGGGGCUCUGUGGGCACCUUCUUCACCAUCAUGUUGGCUAUGCACAGCCAGACUCUGUUCAGCAUCUUUCCCAACCAGUUCCACUUCGUAGGCAGUGCCCAGAGCACACUGGUCCAGCCGCUGGUGUGGCUGACCAUCGUCUUGGCCACAGUGAUCUGCAUCGUUCCAGUUCUGGCAUUCCGAUUCCUCAAACUGGACCUGAAACCACAGCUCUCUGACACGGUGCGUUACACCCAGCUGGUGCGUCAGAAGACGAGGAAGCCAGCGGGUCGAUGCAUGGGAGGAGUCAGGGGCGGGGUCGGUGGCGUGCCUGAGGGUCGUCUGGGGGCAAGGGGCGGGUCCAGGAGGUCAGGAUAUGCCUUUGCCCACCAGGAGGGCUUUGGGGAGCUCAUCACCUCUGGGAAGAACAUGAGACUGUCCUCCCUGGCCCUGGCCAACUUUGCCUCCAGACACAGCUCCAGCUGGAUAGACACCCUGCGCAGAAAGAAGCACUCAAACACACAUCCCCCGCAGAGCGCCUCAGGAGAGAGCAGCCCGGCACCUAGCUAUGUGUCGGGAUCGGCUCCCCCCCUGUCCAAUUCAUCCUCUCUCCUGGGAGGGUCGCAGGAUACUCCCCUGGAGGAGGGAACACACACGCUGCCUGUCAUACUCCCACAGGUGGCUUCUGGCCCUCCCACAAACACACCUCCAGCGUUAGCUCCAGCCCAGGUCCCCUCUGCUGACGCUCUCACCCCCACCUCGGUGAGGAGUCCUGGGGGAGACUCGGUUGGUGGCUGGAACCUUAGUCUGGGCACUGUACAGGAUGCUCUAUUUGGUUGGAGGGGGGGCGCCUCUCGCACCAGCGGAACCAGCAGCCCGGGACCUCCCCUUGUUCCCAAGGAAACCAACCACACCGUGUGAGACGGACAGGCAGAUGAUAGAAAGAAGAAGGACAGGCUGUCAUAUCCCACUGGAUUCUCUUGGAAUACGUGAAGAAAUACUACAUUUGGAAGUUUGUAAUACUGAAGUUGGAAUGUUGGAAUGGCACUCACCCUGGGUUAGGAAGAGAUCCAAAGUGACAGCCAUUGUAGGCGGAAGGCAUACACACCCAUCAACACACACGGGCAUUUGUAUGACACUGUCGUUGCAAUAGGGUUGGUACAUAUAUGUAUCCGUCUGAAAGAUAGUGUGUGGUAGUUGUGAUAGACAUGCUCAGACUACCCACAACCCACUUCUCUGUCUUCUUCAACCAAUGAGGCAGACUGAAAGAAGCACUUCUUCAUGCAAAUGAUGUAACCAUCUGCUGAAGAGCUUGGUACCACAGGGAUCCGGAGAGAAACCCCGCUCCAACAACACCGCUGUGGGUCAGACAUGACUAUACUAUUUAUACAAUGGAUCAUAUGUCAUAACAUCGUAUCAGAUUGGUUCAAAACAAAGUAUUGAAUUGAGUCUUUAUGACAGAAGAGAGAUUCAUUUGAUCGUCAGAAAGGUGGUGAAUUGAGUCUUUAUGACAGAAGAGAGGUUCAUUUGAUCGUCAGAAAGGUGGUGAAUUGAGUCUUUAUGACAGAAGAGAGGUUCAUUUGAUCGUCAGAAAGGUGGUGAAUUGAGUCUUUAUUACAGAAGAGAGAUUAAUUUGAUCGUCAGAAAGGUGGUGAAUUGAGUCUUUAUGACAGAAGAGAGGUUCAUUUGAUCGUCAGAAAGGUGGUGAAUUGAGUCUUUAUGACAGAAGAGAGGUUCAUUUGAUCGUCAGAAAGGUGGUGAAUUGAGUCUUUAUGACAGAAGAGAGGUUCAUUUGAUCGUCAGAAAGGUGGUGAAUUGAGUCUUUAUUACAGAAGAGAGAUUAAUUUGAUCGUCAGAAAGGUGGUGAAUUUAGUCUUUAUGACAGAAGAGAGAUUCAUUUGAUCGUCAGAAAGGUGGUGAAUUGAGUCUUUAUGACAGAAGAGAGGUUCAUUUGAUCGUCAGAAAGGUGGUGAAUUGAGUCUUUAUGACAGAAGAGAGGUUCAUUUGAUCGUCAGAAAGGUGGUGAAUUGAGUCUUUAUGACAGAAGAGAGGUUCAUUUGAUCGUCAGAAAGGUGGUGAAUUGAGUCUUUAUGACAGAAGAGAGUUUCAUUUGAUCGUCAGAAAGGUGGUGAAUUGAGUCUUUAUGACAGAAGAGAGUUUCAUUUGAUCGUCAGAAAGGUGGUGAAUUGAGUCUUUAUGACAGAAGAGAGUUUCAUUUGAUCGUCAGAAAGGUGGUGAAUUGAGUCUUUAUGACAGAAGAGAGUUUCAUUUGAUCGUCAGAAAGAUGGUGAAUUGAGUCUUUAUGACAGAAGAGAGAUUCAUUUGAUCGUCAGAAAGGUGGUGAAUUGAGUCUUUAUGACAGAAGAGAGUUUCAUUUGAUCGUCAGAAAGGUGGUGAAUUGAGUCUUUAUGACAGAAGAGAGAUUCAUUUGAUCGUCAGAAAGGUGGUGAAUUGAGUCUUUAUGACAGAAGAGAGUUUCAUUUGAUCGUCAGAAAGGUGGUGAAUUGAGAUGAAAUAGCAGAAUGAGUGGUUUUUAUGAUCAGCUGUUGUUAGACAUAGUACUCCAAUACACCUGUCUGUAUCCAGCUGUUAACCAAUCAUAAACAUGUCUUUAAUAGGCCAAGUAAUGCUGUCUACCUUCUCUAAUAAUGUAUGACACAGUGUAAACCAAUGCAGUAGUGUAGAGCUGUCCCUCUAACCUGUACAGUCUGUAUGAGGAAUGUCUCUGGAACCUUAUCAGUGGUCCUGGUGUUUGUAUUCAUGAUUACAUAUUGCUGUGUCACCAUGCCCAAAGGCUUAGUCAAACCAGACAGGCUGCACGAUCCUACACUCUUAUGGGUACAUACUACUGUACAUUCUCUAUCUGUCUGCCUGACUGUCUGUCUGACUGACAUUUUCACAUAUAGUCCGUCUGUUGUUUUAGCCAAUAACUUGGCAGGACACUGAGGGGUUCAGUCAGCCAACCAAUGACUGAAGAAUGCAGGAUGCUGUCCUUGCUGGAAUGUUGUAGUAUAUGUCAUCAUAAGUUCAUGGGCAGAGUUUCUGUGUUCACCAUAGUUCUCAGUGAGAACGCCAUUUUAACCUUACAGGACCAGCAAGACUCAUCUUCGUCAUGUUCUUCUUCAUCCUCCUCCACUACACCAUAUUGGUGACCUGCUGCUGGGCCCACAGACAGAACUACAGUUAUAUCACAGACUCUGAGCCCUACCUGUACUGGGCUUAAGAGAGAGGAGAUGGACUUCUAACAAAACCUGGACCUCCAUGUUGCUUUAGGGCGGACUGACUGAGGCGUUGUGAGAGACAAUGGACAGUAAGGCCUCUAUGCGUCCAUGUUGGUUUGGGGCGGACUGAGUGUGUGGGGAAAGUAUGCUAAUAUGUGCUUAUGCAGUCAGACAGUAACCUGUAGUUACCUAGAGACUGAGCUGGUCUAGGAACAGGAGAAUGUGUUAAUGAAUGGAGGCUUGGGAGGGAGGGAUCAGGGAUAUUAUUAUUAAGCCUUAAUAAAUCCACAGUAAUGAUGAUCAACCCAAUUCAUCCCUCUACUAGGCAUGUCAUCAUGUAACGUACUCCUUCUAUACAGCAGGGGCAAACAAACCCAGUCCUCCAGGGCCACUGGAAUGAUGCUUUCACUGUUGUACUCUACAGCAUACAGCUUCUGGUUAGAAAGAUAUAGGGUGAAACUAGGUGAGACAGCUGUUGUACUCUACAGCAUACAGCUUCUGGUUAGAAAGAUAUAGGGUGAAACCAGAUGAGACAGCUGUUGUACUCUACAGCAGUGGUAUUCAAAGUCCAGGUCGUGAGUGAACUGCAGUUGGAUCGCAGCAAAAAAACAUUUUUUAUUUUUUUAGGAACAAAAAAUUAAGAGUACAGAUUAUUGUAUGCGUCAACAUAAAAACAUUUUGGGGAAAGAUAAUUUGAAAAAUAAAAUGUAUUUAUUGUUUUCUUUUAAUUUUGAUAAGAGAUGAACAUGUAAUGAAUUGAAGGUUAUUUGUUGAAUUUUCCGAUUUUAAGGUUAUGUUAUUUGUUUUGGGGUGGCAAAAAAAUGUUGUGAAGAAAAAUGGCUUCCCCGGAAAUUGUGUCCGGGAAAAAUGGGGUCCCAGCUGAACAAGUUUGAAUACCACUGUUCUACAGCAUACAGCCUCUGGUUAGAAAGAUUAUAGGGUGAAAGCAGCACAAGCAGUCUCUGCUGGACCUGUCUCUCCCUGCUGUAGAGGGAUCAAACCAUCUGUAAGUCAGUGCAACACAAUAUCACACUCAAUUUGUGCAAAUAUGUACAAAAAGUAUUUCAGCAGAUUGUGUGCGUUUUUAUGUGGCUUAAUUUGUGUGAAAAUACAAAAAAAAUGCUCGGAUAACUUUUAAAAUAUUGUUCCUAGGUUUGCCCCCCAAAAAUGUAUUUUCCUAUGAAUGAAGAUGCACAAAAAUGUGUCUUUUCACACGAAUUAAGACACACAAAAAUUCACAAAAACACAAAAUAUGCUUAAAUACUUUUUGUACAUAUUUGCACGAGUUGAGUGUGAGAUUGUGUUGCAACGUGUUGUAAAGUGCUUGAAUUGGGCCAGAACGCACUAGAACUGAGUAUCGCACCUCAAAUGUAUUAACGUUACUGUUUUGAGUUUUGGCACCUCUUACAGAGUUUUGCAUUAAAAUAUUAUGGCGUUCUGCCAGUGGCACAUAAUUAUUAACAGUAGGGGCACCCAAAAUUAGUACUGUCACCUAUUUCAGUCCACUUCAAGCACUGGUGUUAUAGAUAGAUACAGCAGGUUGAUGUUGGGUUUCAGUGAGAACGUUCAAGUUAAGAAAGUUACUCAAGUCUUUGUCAAUCCAAAGAGGAAGUGUCAAUUGAAAUAUAAUUAUUUACAGUUGACAUCAAAGUAUGAUUUCAUUUGUAGUGUGACUGUACGGGGAAUAAUGUUUAUAAUAAGGGAAACAAUCAAUCUAACCUAUUUAUAGCACUUUUUACAGACGUUUGUCUCAAUGUUCUUAACCGCAACCCGUUAUCCGUUAUCGUUAUCUCCAUAACCAAAAGAGCGAAACAAGGUGAACGCGGCCUUCAGAGAAGCAGAUUAUUAUUACUGACCAUGGCAUUAGGACAUGCCAAGAUUACCACUAAAUGUUUGCUCAAUCUCCUGAAAAAGCAGUGUACUACGUAAACCUAGUGUUUGUUUUGUCACAUACUCUCCCCAGCGCGCUGGCCCCGCAAAAGUGCUUCUGGCCUUUCGCCCUUCAAACAUGGACAGUUUUAUCUGGAAAGGAGUUUGACACAUGGACACGACACUAUCUGUACUUUCGCAAUGUCCGAUUUCUGAGAGUUCAUGUUGUCUGACCAGAAGAAACUGAGAUUUAGGGAUAUAUUCUCUCUGUAUCGCUGAAUCAUUACAUAUUGCGGGUUAAACUUGUAACAGUAAUUUCCAAUUGAGCCGACAUGCAGCGUUUACCGUGAAUACAGUCUCCGCUAAAGCGGGAACAUUACCUUGAAAUUUCAAUCACGCUG